CAAUAGUAGUCUGCCAUUGACUUGUUCUGCCUUUGACCUGUUCUGCCAUGGCUCUGGUUCUGCCCCCACAGGUCGUACACGCAGGUGUCCAGCAAAAAUUCUUAUGCAUGCGCGAGUUGAAACUGACCACCAGUUCAGCCACCAUUUGAAACUAAUCAGUUCAGCCACCGCGCCAAAGCUUAUAAGCCGCUCCAUGUCUCCUUUACUAGCCAAUAUGGUACUAAAGUUUUGCAAGACAAUACAACAAUACAGCAGUGCAGGCGUUUUGGGCUGCUUUUUUGGUGCGGCCCAUACUCCAAUUAGGUUUGGGCGGCCCAUGGUCGCGCGCACAGCAGUCGUUUCUUCCUCCGUCCGCACGAUGGAGCGCUCAACCGUCCGUUCCGGCCGCCCCUCGGUCAGCUCCACGACGGCACGACCUCAGCUCUCCAACCUGGGCCUCGGCUACUCCAUCGCCAUCGCGCUCGGCUUCCUCAUCCUGUUUGCCUCCUUCCUGCUGGCUUUCUACUUCUGCUUCGGCCGCGGCGGGGACUACUGGGCCGGGGAAGCAGUCACCACGGCGUCCAGCUCUGGCCACCUCUCCAUCACCGUCCCGCGCGUGCUCUUCGUCGCGGAGGGGUCCGAGUCCCCCGAAGACGACGCUUACCCCUCCUCCUCCGCCGCCGCGGCCUGCUCCCCCGUCGGGCUCGACGCGGCCGCCAUCGCUUCCUACCCCAAGGUCGCCUUCUCCAGCAAGGCCGCCGAGGCUGACGCCAUGUGCUCCAUCUGCCUCAGCGAGUACAGGGACGGCGAGACGCUGCGCGUGAUGCCCGAGUGCAGGCACGGCUUCCACGUCGCGUGCCUCGACGCCUGGCUGAGCCGGAGCGCGUCCUGCCCCGUCUGCAGGUCCUCUCAGGUCCUUCCCCGUUUUCUCUCCUUUGCAGUUUUUGGUUCCUGA